CGAUAUGGAUUUUUAAUAUCAUGAUAUUUCUGUGUCAUGAUAUAUUGUAUACGAUAUAAUAUUGCCCACCCCUAGUAUACGGUAUCAGUCUCUCUAUGGCUCUGCUUUCUCUGUGCAUGGGCUGCUUUAGGUUACUGUAGCUUUAAGAGAGGCGAAGCUCCUCCUCCAGGCUGCACACGUGGGGCGGAAAUUCCCCGUAUGUUGUUUAGAGCAUGUGGGUGAGUGUACAGUAGUGUAUUGAUACAUUUCUGAUUUCUGUUCAAACAAUACUCAGAAAAGACGUUCAGUGCACAUUGUGUGCGCCUGAACUACACAGUGCCUUUAUAUAUGUUCUAAUACUGUGUAUAUAAUGAGAAAAUCGCCUAUUUCUACUGUUAAACUGAAAUUUAGGGCAGGUGAAAGCUGUGCCUCUGCAUUGCUGGUUAUCUAGGUUAGGUUAGAUUAGUUGUUUGAAUGGAAAUGGAGAGUCAGUGCCUCUCUCCCUGCUUCGUGUCUGACCAUGAGGGCUUCAGUGGCAGCAUCAAGAACUCCACCAGAGACUUUAUAGUCAUUGAGAUAGACCUCCAUGGACAACGUGUGAAUUCACUAACGUUACCCCAGCAAACCCCAGAGCAGCCUGCUGCUGAAGUCCAGCAGUCCUCCAGCAAAGAAGAAGAGAAUAAGAGAGCAGAUAUCAGGACUGAGAAAGCAGUCCUGCAGGAGGUCACUGCUGAACUGUCCAGUUUAAAUGGGGAAGGAGAUCUAACUGAGGGGUUUGAUCUAAAUGUAUUGCUGGGCUCUUCUGUGUAUGAAGCACUGGAGAACUUCUCCAGCAAACUUGUAGGAUGCAGAGAGGAGCAGAAAAUGACUGAGGGCUUAGAAAUGAGCCUCGGUACCUUCCCUGAUAAACACCAGCGAGCCAGUGUACACAGAGCAGUGAGACACAGCUACCCACAUCUCAUGACCAUCACCAACCAGGCAGAGAUCCGGGUCAGAGAGGACCCAGACUUCAGAGAGCUGUCGAAGCUGGUCCCUGAGGAGGAGGCGGAGGACUUCUUCCGGUUUAUAGAUGCUAAAGUCCCCGGAUCUGCCUUCACCUUCUCACCUGAUGACAGCAAGAGUCACCGCACAUCUGUGCACCACUUCCUGAGCAGGAGGUUUGGGAAGCUGGUGGAGACCAAGAGCUUCUCAGAGCAGGACAGAACUGCUAUCACAGUGAGACUGAGAGAGAGAGGAAAACAGGGCAAGAAGAGGACAGCUGCAGACUGUGAAGAGCAGGUGGAGACCUACACAGGUUUCACACUAAAGAAAGAAAACUUGGAGACUCUUGAGGCAAUCAGCUACAUGGCCGCUGUGUUUGGAGUUCUCCCAUCAGAUUUCAGCUACGCUGGCAUUAAAGAUAAACGGGCCAUCACCUAUCAGUCCAUGGUUGUGAAGAAGAUCUCCACAAAGCGGUUGCAGGAGAAGCUCUCAGAGUUUGAGAGGAGAGGAAUGCAGGUGUCUAAUAUUCAUUCAGUGUCCGAACCCCUUCGACUCGGGAGGCUAAAGGGUAACCACUUUGACCUCGUCAUCCGGGACCUGAAGAAUUAUGAGAAGUGUAGUUCACUAGAGCUGGAAGAGCUUGUGAAGAAGGCAGUGGAGAAUGUGAAGACUCAUGGUUUUGUGAAUUAUUAUGGGCCUCAGAGAUUUGGAAAUAGCCAGAGUGUUCAAGCUGACAGAGUGGGACUUGCACUUCUGAAAGAAGACAUGGUUACUGCUCUGAAGUUGUUUCUGAGCCCUGAAGAAGGUGAUGACCUCCAAAAUAAAGCAAAACGGCAUUUCCUUCAUACGGGUAACGCAAAAGAGAGCCUAGCUCUAAUGCCAGCGUAUAAAGCUAGAGAGAGGCUCAUGCUGCGGGCACUGCACCGUUAUGGCAGCGACCAGGAGGGUUGUGGGCGAGCCUGGAUCAGUCUGCCCCAUGGCAUGAGGGUCUUCUACCUCCACGCCUACUGCAGCCGGCUGUGGAACGAGGCUGCCUCCUACAGGCUGAACACUCUGCCACACAGGCCUGUACAGGGAGACCUGGUGUGGACCAGUUCCAGACAAGAUGAACCAGCAACUGAAGAAUCUGAUACUGCUCAGGUCCAUAUUAUCACCUCUGCUGAAGAAAAAGACAAUGUCUUCUCACUAAAACAGGUGGUCCUCCCCAUGCCCGGCAACACUGUAAAAUAUCCAGAGAAUGUACUUGGUAAAUGGUAUCAGGACCGGCUAUCACAGGACGGUCUGGGUUCCUGCAGAUUCAGAAUCACCUCACUCAAACUCAACGUGCCUGGCUGCUACCGGCCCUUACUGGCUUAUCCUCAUAACAUCACCUACAGCCUACAGACUACUGAAGAAGAAUCAUUCACAGAGCCGUCACCCCCUCCCUCCACAACUGCCUUAAAACUGUCUUUUGAUCUUGAUUCUUCCUGCUACGCCACAGUCUGUCUCAGGGAAAUUAUGAAGUGUGACCCUUAGGAAUGUAGAAUUUGUAAAUGUCAGUGGUUUCAUUUUGCUUUAAUUUCAUGUCAUUUCAUCAAGUGGCCACUAGAUGGGAUGGUUGGAUUACAUGAACUUGAUUCAAAAGUAAUACAAAGGCCCAAUCCCAUUUCACCCCUUGGCCUUACCACUUACCCCUAACUAACCCCUUCUUUUCGAGUGUGAGCCUUUAGAAUACAAGAAGAAAGGGGUGGAAAUGGAUGACCCUUUAACCACCGACAUGACAUCAGGAGUGCUAGAGUUCAAUAACCUAGCUGCUGGUUAACUAGUUAACAUUAGGGCAUCAUAUAUCUUCAGAAAGGGGGGAAAUGGGGCAGAAAUUAGUUAUUAUUGUCCAUUACUUAAUUCCUCUGUAAAGAAAAGCUGAAAUAAGCGUUGGUUAGCUUUUAUUUUAUUUAAUGUUUUCACUCUGCCUUAAAUGCUGCAGCCCCUGCAGUCUUUUAUACCAUUUAAGGUGGAAUGGAAAAGUUAGCUAGCCAGCUAGCUACUGAGACAAACUAUUAGCAAUCUUUUUUAAGCUUGUUAUGAAGAAUAUAGCCAUAAAACAUUGAAACUACUCAUUAAAAUAUCUGGUAAUAUAGUGCUCAUCGUCACUUUUAACAAGGAAAAUACCUACAUUAAUGUGUUUCUUUGGUUGCUUGUUCUGCUAUCUUACCAGUGAUUCUCAUACUUGGUUUGAAGUGUGCCUCAGAAAAAUCUCCGUAUAAAGGGCUAACAAACACCUUGGCGUGCACGUGCAAAACAGAGGGGUAGGGGUAAAUAGUAGGGCCAAGGGGUAAAAUGGGAUUGAGGCAAAGUAUUCAUUAUUUCUAAUACAGAACUGUGCAAAUGUAAGACAUUUUUUUCCAAAACUUAUUUGUGAGCAGCAAAUAUUCAUAAGAUGAUCCUUUAGCACAAGCAAAUGCAAAGAAAAGAAUUCCAAAAUAAACACAGUUGUUUUUGUCCUUUCUUCUAUUUCAACGUUGCAGAGCUGAUCUAAAGGACACACAGAAAAACAUUAAAUCAAAUCAAAGCAACUGAA